UUUACUUGUCAUUUUACUGAACAGAUGUAGUCCUCUAAGGGCACUUAGUAAUACUUUUGAGUAUUGUGGGAUAUUACUGAUAUAAAUUUCUGGGUUGAUUUAGUAAUAGGAUUGUAAUGUAAAACUAAAGAAAAUGAAUGCCAUAUGAUAGAGUAAAUACUUUAAAGUGCAUCACCAAUAUUUGUGUCAAUUUUAAACUGAGAAUAGCCAGACAUAAUGGAGGCAGACUUGGUGGAUGUCAAACAGUUGUUUUCAAACAUGAUGAAGAGAGUACAACCAUGGAUUCUCUCUCAUUUCAUCAUGUGGUUAGACCUUAAAAUAGCAGAAUACAAAGUGUUAGGCUAUAUGGUUCUUGAUAAGAGAUCAAUUUAUGAUAAAAAUCCUGCAACAUUGUACAAUCAAACAAGUAGAACCAAUACUUCAUCUCCAGCUUCAGCUUCUUCAAGUGAACAUAUGUAUAUCAUACCAACACAGGAGAAAUGUAUCAAACAGAACGGAUCAUCAACUAAUGAUGAUACUGAACAUUUUAUAGACCCUUCGAAUAAACAAGAGAGUCUCAAUACACCUGGGGUUUUUGUAUCUGAAAGAACAAACAUUGCAUUGAAAUGUGUUAAGCUAAAAAGUCAGAAUGUAGAGAUUGAUAGACAAUUAUCAGUUUCUGGACGUCAAGAGAGCUGUCAAAAUAAAUCAAAUGAAAAAGGAAUUCAGAACCAAAGAAAACAGCGAAAGCCAGGCAAUUUCUUACACAGUAUUGUCAAUAAUUUAAAGCAGAGCUGCAUUAAGAAUCCACUUGUGGGAUACUCAGGACCAAAUGUAUGCCAAAUAAAGAACAUGGAGAAUGAAUUACCUGAGAGAGAAAUUCAACCUGACUUUGCCCAUACUAGAUAUCAUUUAGAUAAAACAAAAGAUGUAGGUAUUUCCAAAGAAAAAAGUGAAAACAAUGGUAUCAUCGUUCAGAACAGCCAAGAGAUAACAAGCCUACCAAAAAUAAAACAGAAAUUACAAACUGAAGAUUUACAAGAUGAUAUGAUUAUACCAGCUGGGACAAGAACUAAAACCGAAAUUUCUGCUUCUCAAGAAUCAGCUGUAUUUGAUGAGGAUAAUACACCUUUAUAUAAGAGCCAACAGUUUAGUUCAUUAAUUUCCCUUUCAAGGUCACGAGGAAGAAGACGAAGGUCAUCAAAUGAUGAAAUUACUUAUCCCUUGAUUUCUACCAAAGAUAAUGACAUUUCACAAACUUAUGACGAAGAACCAAAAUCUCAAAGCCUUGCUGAUUUUUAUUUUUCUCAAAACCAACUAGAUGAACAAUUUGCUGUAAGAAGAGCUAAACAAAAUGUCUGCAGAGUGACAGCAAAAAAUAAUGACGAGAAAGACGACCUAAUGAGGAAUAAUCUAUCGGAGCAAAAUCAUCAGGAUAUAACAGUAAAACAGGAAGUUGUGCCAUCAUUCAGAAAUGAAAAUAAAAGUCCAAGAAAUCAUGAAAUUAUAGGAGAGAAAUUGUCAAGACAAGAUGAAAGUUUAAUUCCUCGUCAGAUUUUUGAUAGACAUAAUCAUAGCAGUAUGUCUACAUCUGAUGAUGGAGUUAUUGCUCAUCAAAAUAGGGAAGCAUUUGUUGUUAAGUCAGAGCCAAACAAUGAUGACGAAUAUUGUUGUCCUUCUACAACAGGAAAUUAUGACAAUCACAGUUUCAGUUCAGAAGGGGACACUUCCAGUAACCAUGAUAUUUCAACACAUUAUGAAUACAAUGGAGAUGAUACCACAGAAGAUUCUUACAUGCUAAGUAAUUCUGAGAUAUAUGGAGAGGAUAAUAUUGAUUUGCUACAGGGGAUUGCAGGAAUGGACCAACAUGAAAGUAAGAUAAUGAGGCCAAGAAGUAACAAGAAAAGACAGUUACACUGUUUGUCAAAUCAAGUCCCUAGAGACCCUUCAUCAGGAAAAUUUGUUUGUGAACUCUGUGGUGGAACAUUUACAAACAGAUCAUCCUACUUCAGACACAAGAGAAUCCAUGGAGAAAAAAAAUUCCGUUGUUUUCUGUGUGAUAAAGCCUUUCAUAGGAAAGAACACCUUCAAUCACAUAUUCAUAGACAUACUAAAUCUUUCCCAUUAAAGUGCUGCAAGUGUAGUUUCGAAUCCCACAGUCUGGAUGAAGCAACAGCUCACUUUCAAGUUAGCCACAGUCACCAUGUAAAAGAUUCAAAAUCCUGAAUUUGUAAUAAAACUUACAAAAUCUUGUAAAAGUAUACUUUCAGUCUAUAUUUUAGACUGCAUUUUGUCCUCUAGAUAUAUUUUAUUUGACUAGAUAGUACCCGUGCAAUAUAUGGUAUAUAGUAUAUUUUUACAGCUAUUUUGUGUUGAUAUAUAAGAUAAUUCCUCUUAUAUUAGUGCUAUUUCAUUUACUCUAUUUCUGCAAGUUAUUAAUAGAAUUGUAUGCAGAAAAAAAAAUUAACUUAAAUUACUAUACAGAUUUCCUGCCAAAUUAUAUUUACACUUGUCUCAAGUGUUUCCAUCAGGUUGUUUAAAUGUUUGUAUUAUUCAUGUAUUUUACGAGUCACUGUUUAGGUUUUCUGUGGAUAUUGUUUUCUUUAAACACAUGUUAUAUUAACAUGGAAUAUGGAUCCUUGAAAUACUCAUUUGCAUAAUUCAAUGUGGAGGCAAUCCCCAAGUUAGAUCACCAUUUAAAAAAAGAAAUAACAUUUGACUUGCCACAAAUAUUAGAAUAAUCUACUAUUUAUAGAAUUCUGCAUUCAAAACUACAUACCAAAUACUAAAAAUUAAAAAAUGUGCAUUCAUGAAGUUUGCAAAUGUGUCCACAACAUUACUUCAGUUUGAGCAAGGCCUUUUCCUUAAAAUUCAUUUCUUUAAAAUUAAGAUAGAUUGUAGUGUAAGACCCUGUUCACACUAGGACAUUUUUAUCGAUUUAAACUAGACCGGUUCUCUUUAGAUCGGUUUAAGGGCUAAUAUGAACGCAUUGAAUCGAUCUUCAAUCGGUCUAAACUAAAACACCAAAAGAGGUAGUUUAGUUUCAAUCGAUCUAAAGUAAACCGAUCUUACUUUAGAUGUGAACGCAUAGAUCAGUUUAAACUAGUACGAUUGAAUCGAAAAUAAUGUAUGCGCAUGUGUCUAUAGCGGCAAAACUAUCUCAGAGGUUCGUUGUUUAACCCAUAUUUCUCUGUUAAAAGACCUUUAAAACAAACUGAAAACAUGUUGUCUUCGUCGUAGCAUAUAUUUGCAAAAUCUGUGUCUUCUUUUCUUCUGUUGAUUUUUUUUCUUUGUAGGAACCGCAGUAUUUCUGUCUUCGUGUUGUAACUUCGUUGCUACAGUUUUUUUUCAAUAUUAAACGGAAAACUGUAAUAACACCAGUAUCAAAGUUUUAACUUGUGAUUCAAGAGAAACAAUAACUUUAUCCAAUUUUUUUCCCAAGUUUGUGUAUCAGUGUAUCAACACAUGAAUUUGAUAAAUCAUUUCUAUUUAUACACAGUUUACAUACAGUUUUACGGGCAAAAAGGUUAGAUCGAUUGCGUUUUUAAUUGUAGUGUGAACGCAGUGGUUCAGAUUAGACCAAUAGAGAUCGUUAUGAUUAAAGAUAAUGUGAACGCUAACUGCUUUUAUUUAGAUCGAUUCAGAGUAGAUCGAUAAAAAAAAUGCUUGUGUGAACGGGGUCUUAGGUUGCUACCCUCAUGUUAUUUAAUAUUUGGAAAUAUUUGUUAUUCAUCAAAACAAUUAAUACUUAUUAAGAAAAGAAAAGUACUCUAUACCAAAAAUGAAACCUAUGCUUAAAAGUGACAUCUGUUGUUUUUUGUUGAGCCUUCGACUUUAGUCGAAAAAGCGAGACUAAGCGAUCCUACUUUCCGUCAGCGUCGGCGUUGUCGUCGGCGGCGUCCACAAAUAUUCACUCUGUGGUUAAAGUUUUUGAAAUUUUAAUAACUUUCUUAAACUGUACUGGAUUUCUACCAAACUUGGACAGAAGCUUGUUUAUGAUUAUAAGAUAGUAUCCAGAAGUAAAUUUUGUGAAAAUAAAAUUCCAUUUUUUCCGUAUUUUACUUAUAAAUGGACUUAGUUUUUUCUGCGGGGAAACAUUAUAUUCAGUCUGUGGUUUAAGUUUUUAAAAUUUUAAUAACUUUCUCAAACUAUCCUGGGUUUGUACCAAACUUAGGCAGAAGCUUAUUUAUGAUCAUAAGAUAGUAUCCAGAAGUAAAUUUUGUAAAAAAAUAAAUCCAUUUUUUCUGUAUUUUAUUUUUAAAUGGACUUAGUUUUUCUGCGGGGAAACAUUACAUUCACUCUGUGGUUAAAGUUUUUAAAAUUUUAAUAACUCUCUUAAACUAUCCUGGGUUUGUACCAAACUUGGACAGAAGCUUAUUUAUGACCAUAAGAUAGUAUCCAGAAGUAAAUAUUGUAAAAAGAUAACUCCAUUUUUUCUGUAUUUUACUUUUAAAUGGACUUAGUUUUUCUUCCAGUUAACAUUACAUACAGUCUGCAGUUAAAAGUUUCCAAAACAUUUAGUAGAUUCAUUAACUAUCCUAGAUUUUUACCAAACAGGGACAGAAGCUUCUUACAAUCAAAAGAUAGUAUCAAGAGGAAUAUUUUUAUUGAUUUUUUUCCUCAAAUUUGUUGAGCCUGCGAUUUACAGCAAAAGUAGGCGAGACACUGGGUUCCGCGGAACCCUUACAAAUUUUUUAAUAUGCAACCAUGUCGAGUUGGAAUGGGAAUACUACAUCAAUCUGUUGUAGGAAUAAAGCAAUGUUAUGUUACAUAAACAACUAAAGUCAAUAGAGGACCUGUUGCAAGAAACUCUGCCCUUACUAUGCUAUUUACCCAAUUGCAGUUGAAAUUCCUGUUUUCAUUCUGGUCAACACACUGAACCUCUCUGUAAGAUUAUUGUUAAAUUGUUCUUUUUUUUUUAUAUCUGCAUGCAAUACUUAUCACUUUAUGUUAGGAAAUCAACAAUCAAUAAAUGAAUCAAAGUUAUCAAACCUGAAUAAAAUUUGACCAAUUGCAUUUGUAGUUUCUGAAAACUUUAUUGUAAAGCCAGUGUUGUGCCAUUUACAUGUAUAUUCAUUAAAUAUCUGCUUCCUGGUCUUAGAAACAUGCUAGGACAUAGAC